GCAAGCUCCCGACUCCCUUCAACACCCCACAACUUCACAAUGGGCAAGAAACGAGUCGCCGCCUUGGAGAAGGUUGAUGCUGAUCUUCCCAACCUUCAAUACAAAAUCCGCCGAGAUCCCAAAUCGUAUGGCGAGGAUUUUCGCAGCCAGUAUGGCCAGUACGUAACGCAGCGCGAUAUCUUUAUGGCGUCGCCCGGCGCCGCGACUUCGACUGGCAUAGUUUCCUUCCGCGAUCUCAUCGACUUCGUGACGCAUGUCGCAGAUUGCUACCCAAAGGACACGGCGUCCUUCCCUGACGACCUCAAGACCAUCCUCACCCUCCACCAUGCGACUCUCGAGAGCGAAUUGCGAGAGAAGAUCGUCGGUUCGUUGGUUCUGCUGCGGAGGAAGGAGAUUAUUGAUUCCUCGACCCUGCUGAACACCCUCUUCCCGAUCUUGGUUGCUACGCCGAGUAAGACCUUGAGGACGUUGUUGUUUCAGAAAAUCCUGAGUGAUUUGCGGACGAGCAAUUCGAAAGCUACAAAUCAUAAGCUUAACAGGUCGGUUCAGGCGCAGUUGUUCAAUCUCUUGAGUUCGGAUAGAGCGAGCGCAAAGGGGAUUUGGGCAGUUAAGAUUACGAGGGAGUUAUGGAAGCGGCAAAUAUGGACGGAUGCAAAGGCAGUUGAGAUCAUGAAGGAGGCGAGUUUGUCGGACAACGAGAAGGUGAUUGGUGGUGGGGUUCGUUUCUUCCUUGGAGGCGAUAAAGAGAGGGAGGAGCUGGAGGACGAGAGCAGUGACGAGGAAGCCAUUGAUAUCGGCAAGAUCAAGCAUCAGGUUGGCAUCAACAAGAAGACGAAGAAGAAGGCCAAGACGUUGGAGCGGGCCGUUGAGAAGGUUAAGAAGCUCGAGAAGAAGAAGAAACAGCCCCACCCUCUGAACUUUUCCGCCCUCCACCUCCUCCACGACCCUCAAGGCUUCGCCGAAAAGCUAUUCUCCAAGCACCUACAAAACUCGAAAUCGAAGCUCAAUCUCGAGCAGAAGCUGCUAGUCCUGCAACUAGUUUCACGAUUAGUCGGCCUGCACCAACUCACCAUCAUCUCCCUCUACUCCUACUUCAUCAAAUACCUUACUCCCCGCCAGCCAUCAGUAACCUCCUUCCUCGCCUCCCUUGCUCAAGCAACUCACAAAUACGUCCCUCCGGACGCCCUCGAACCACUCAUCCAAAAAAUCGCCAAUGAAUUUGUCUCUGAAGCUUCUGCAUCCGAAGUCGCAUCGGCAGGCCUGAAUGCGAUUCGCGAAAUUUGUGUGCGACAGCCGAUGGCUAUGAAUGAUACGUUGUUGCAAGAUUUGGUCAUGUAUAGGAAGAGUAAAGAUAAAGGCACUAUGAUGGCUGCGAAGGGAUUGUUGAGUUUAUACCGCGAGGCAAACCCAGACUUACUAAAGAAGAGAGAUAGAGGAAAGGCGGCGACGAUGGGGCUUAAGAGUGGGGCGAUUCAGCAACGCAGGUUCGGCGAGGAGGAAGUCGGUGGUAUAGAAGGAUUAGAACUGCUCGAGGAAUGGAAGGAGCAGGAGCGGAAACGAAAACGGGUUGAGAGGGGCUUACCCGAAGAGCUCGGCACCGAUGAGGAGGAGGAGGACGACGAAGAGGACUGGGCAGCAUGGGAGGUUGAAUCAGACGCAAGCAGUGAUUCCGGAGGCUGGAUCAAUGUUGAGAGCGACGACGAGAUCGAAAUCAGCGACAGCGAAGACGAGAAGCCCAGCGCCAAGAAAGCCAAACUUGAAGAAGCACCUAAAUCCGCCGACGACGAGGAGAAAGAAAACGCGGAAAAAGACAAAGCCCGAGAACUGAAGAUCUCCAAGCUUGCCACGACCAAGAUCCUCACGCCCGCCGACCUGGCCAAACUGCAGGAGCUCCGCCUCGAAGCGUCCGUCUCCAAGGCCAUGGGCAACCGCACGCAAUCGGCGCGCCUGAAGGAGCUCGCCGCGCGGCACAUCGACGACGCGCUAACAGCGGAGCAGAUCGAAGGCUUCUCGAAACUGCGCAAGAGCACCAAAGAGGAGCGGAUCGCGCUCGCGCGGGAAGGCAAGGGGGAUCGCAGCGAACACAAGAGCACGCAGGCUCUGCGCCGGCAGAAGAAGGACGCCGAGGGCAAGAGCACGACGAACCGCGAGAAGGCGCGGAAGAAGAACUUCAUGAUGACGCUGGGCAAAGCAAAGUUCAAGAACAAGCGCAGCUUGACGCAGACGAGACGCGUCUUGAGGGGCCAUAUCGAGAGGACGAAGAGGGGUGGCAAACGUGGGAAUAUAGGCAUGUAGUAGUGUUUUUUUUGGGGGUCUCUUGACUGGUAGAUGAAUGGAAAUUGGGAUGCAAUGAAUGCGAAUUAAGAUGCGUCCUAAAGUAAAUAAACUUAAGAUGAAAAUAUAUCACCAUCUCGAGCCCAAUCAUCUGAC